AUUCUCUUUAGCAAUUCGUGUUAACAACGGAUUCUCCAAAAGAAAGCAUGAUGAAGGGAUAUCGAAAAAGGUUUAUGGGGAAUGCUGAUUUUAUUUCAAAGAUAUUUGUACCAAUACAUGAUAAGGAAAAUUUUCAUUGGUUCCUUCUCGUAAUUGAUGUUGAUACAAAAGAAUUAGUCUAUCUAGACUCAUAUCAAAGUCCGACAACCGUUGACAAGCGCAAGUCAGCUAUAAAAAAAUUGAGUCGGUUUAUGGAAGAAUGGUUGAUGGAUCCCUCUUUCUAUGAUCUCCAAACUACUCGUGGACCAAAAAUAUCCGAGUUUAAAAUUGCCGCUCCAAGCGGCUAUGGAAGUCAAGGACAAGACUCGAAUGAUUGUGCGAUUUGGGUGAUUAAAUGGAUGACGCAAAAGGGAACUGAUGGAUACAAGAUUAAAGUGGAUGAAGGCUCAAGACUACAAACUGCACUGCAAUUGAUAAUGCAUCCUUACAAUAAAGAAAGGAAAUUGAUCUUGAACAAUUCGUUGAAGUGCAAACAUAAAGCAAAGUAGUUUCAUUUUCUAGAGAUAUCUUAUUUUAGAACUCAGACUUUCUUUCAAGUUUUUUGUACUUGUUAUAUAAUUUUCUGAGACUACCGAUUAUUUUCGCUUUAUUUGGUUGUGCUUCUAUUUAGUUUUAUCUUCAAUUUGCAUAUGAUGUACCAGAUAUUAUGUUCAAAAUUUUAAGAGGUAUCAUGGUUUUGCUUUUGAUUCAA